CCGAGCUGGUUGGUGGUGCCCGGCGAUCGCUCGUCCGGCUCCGCGCGCCCCACCCGUGCCAUCCCCACGCCGCUCUUGGGGGCCAUGGCGGGGCUGGGUCCCGGCGGGGGCGACUGCGAGGGGGGCCCCCGGCCCCUCUUCUGCAGAAAAGGGGCGCUCAGGCAGAAGGUGGUCCACGAGGUCAAGAGCCACAAGUUCACCGCCCGCUUCUUCAAGCAGCCCACCUUCUGCAGCCACUGCACCGACUUCAUCUGGGGCAUCGGAAAGCAGGGUCUGCAGUGCCAAGUCUGCAGCUUUGUGGUUCACCGACGAUGCCACGAAUUUGUGACCUUCGAGUGUCCAGGCGCCGGGAAGGGCCCCCAGACGGACGACCCUCGGAACAAGCACAAGUUCCGCCUGCACAGCUACAGCAGCCCCACCUUCUGCGACCACUGCGGCUCGCUGCUCUACGGGCUGGUGCACCAGGGCAUGAAGUGCUCCUGCUGCGAGAUGAACGUGCACCGGCGCUGUGUGCGCAGCGUGCCCUCUCUGUGCGGCGUGGACCACACGGAGCGCCGGGGCCGCCUGCAGCUGGAGAUCCGGGCGCCCACGGCCGAGGAGAUCCACAUCACGGUUGGCGAGGCCCGGAACCUCAUCCCCAUGGACCCCAAUGGCCUGUCUGACCCCUAUGUGAAACUGAAGCUCAUCCCAGACCCCCGGAACUUGACAAAGCAGAAGACGCGCACGGUGAAAGCCACACUCAAUCCAGUGUGGAACGAGACUUUCGUGUUUAACCUGAAGCCUGGAGACGUGGAGCGAAGGCUGAGCGUGGAGGUGUGGGACUGGGACCGGACUUCACGCAACGACUUCAUGGGGGCCAUGUCCUUCGGGGUGUCCGAGUUGCUCAAGGCACCUGUGGAUGGCUGGUACAAGUUACUGAACCAGGAGGAGGGCGAGUAUUACAAUGUGCCGGUGGCUGAUGCUGACAACUGCAGCCUCCUCCAGAAGUUUGAGGCCUGUAACUACCCCCUGGAACUGUAUGAGCGGGUGCGCAUGGGCCCCUCUUCCUCACCCAUCCCCUCCCCGUCACCCAGUCCCACCGACCCCAAGCGCAGCUUCUUUGGGGCUGGCCCUGGACGCCUGCACAUGUCGGAUUUCAUCUUCCUCAUGGUUCUCGGAAAAGGCAGCUUUGGGAAGGUAAUGCUGGCUGAACGCAGGGGCUCCGAUGAGCUCUAUGCCAUCAAGAUCCUGAAGAAAGACGUGAUCGUCCAGGACGACGACGUGGAUUGCACGCUGGUGGAGAAGCGCGUGCUGGCGUUGGGUGGCCGGGGGCCCGGGGGCCGGCCCCACUUCCUCACCCAGCUCCACUCCACUUUCCAGACCCCGGACCGCCUGUAUUUCGUCAUGGAAUAUGUAACUGGGGGCGACCUCAUGUACCACAUCCAGCAGCUGGGCAAGUUCAAGGAGCCUCAUGCCGCGUUCUACGCAGCAGAAAUCGCCAUUGGCCUCUUCUUCCUUCACAACCAGGGCAUCAUCUAUCGGGACCUGAAGCUCGACAACGUCAUGCUGGAUGCCGAGGGCCACAUUAAAAUCACCGACUUCGGCAUGUGUAAGGAGAACAUCUUUCCGGGGACCACCACCCGCACCUUCUGCGGGACCCCAGACUACAUAGCCCCAGAGAUCAUUGCCUACCAACCCUAUGGGAAGUCUGUGGACUGGUGGUCCUUUGGAGUUCUGCUGUAUGAGAUGCUGGCUGGACAGCCCCCAUUUGAUGGGGAGGACGAAGAGGAGCUGUUUCAGGCCAUCAUGGAGCAAACUGUCACCUACCCCAAGUCGCUCUCCCGAGAAGCCGUGGCCAUCUGCAAGGGGUUCCUGACCAAGCACCCGGCCAAGCGCCUGGGCUCAGGGCCCGACGGGGAAGCCACGAUCCGGGCCCACGGCUUCUUCCGCUGGAUAGACUGGGAGCGGCUGGAGCGGUUGGAGAUCGCGCCUCCUUUCCGGCCGCGCCCGUGUGGCCGCAGCGGGGAGAACUUCGACAAGUUCUUCACGCGCGCAGCGCCCGCGCUCACCCCGCCAGACCGCCUGGUACUGGCCAGCAUCGACCAGGCGGACUUCCAAGGCUUCACGUACGUGAACCCCGACUUCGUGCACCCGGACGCCCGCAGCCCCGUCAGCCCUGUGCCCGUCCUGUGAAUUCUCUCCUGCGCCACGAUGUGCCGCUGCCGUGCCCGGGACCCCGCGCCAUCCGC